CCAUCAGGCGUACCGCCGUGCCAUCGUUUGGAACCAAAGCGCCGCGGCGAAACCCCCCAAACCCUCGCUCCCGCCUCAGAUCUCCGUCUUUCUACUCGCCGGACAUGAAGGGGCCGGCUGCGGCGGCGCCCGCACGCAAGAGGCGCGCAUCCGCUGGGCCCAGGUCGAGGCCACAGAAGCGGCCACGUGACGGCGGCCGCGACGGCGACCUCAUCAGCAACCUCCCCGACGCCGUCCUCGGCACCAUCAUCUCCCUCCUCCCCACCAAGGACGGCGCCCGCACGCAGGCCAUCGCCCGACGAUGGCGUCCCCUCUGGCGCUCCUCGCCUCUCAACCUCGACGCCUCCUACAACCUUCACCGCGACGAGUUCAAGCGCCUCUCCGUCGUCUCCAGGGUUCUGUCAAACCUCCCCGGCCCGGCGCGCUGCUUCGCUUUCCGCUUCAUCCGCCUCCACAAGGCCAAAAAGAGGUUUGCCGAGGAUGCCGCGCAGAUCAGUAGCUGGUUCCAUUCCCCGAGCCUCCGCAACCUCCAGGAGCUCGACAUCGGCUUCGAUCUACUUGAAUACGGUGGACAUGAGCAGACCGACAAGGAGAAGCGCUGCCCGUUGCCACCGUCCGUGUUCUGCUCAGCAUCAACCCUUGUCGUGGUCAGCAUUUCCUCCUGCGAUUUCCCAAGGGAGAUCGCGCCUUCACCGAAUUUCCCCCUCCUCAAGCAGCUCAAACUAUGGCGUGUUUCCAUCUCCGACGAUGUCUUCUCGAACGUGCUCUCUGCCUGCCAUGUCUUGGAUAGCUUAGAUCUCUCGUAGAUUCGUGAGGUGUCUUGCCUCCGCAUUAGCUUGCCAACACUCAGGAUCAUCGUCAUCUGCUCUUUGUUUCAUGGCAAAGGAGAAUUGCUCAUUAAGGAGGCCCCUUGCCUUGAAAGGUUACUAUUAAGUUAUCCGGGCUUGGGCGGUGAGAUUAUUCGGGUUGUUAGGGCGCCUAAAUUGGAGGUGUUGGGCCUUUUGUGUCCCAGCAUUUCAGAAAUUGAGAUUGCUAAUACAGUCUUCCAGGGAUUGAUCCCAUCCAGCUCGGAAAACCCAAUAUGCAGUGUAAAGGUUUUGGCUCUCCAUUUCUCUAGCCCUGAUUUGGGUGCAGUUCUUGACAUCCUUAGAUGCUUCCCCUGCUUGGAAAAACUCCAUGUCAUUUGGGACGAUUCUACAAAGGCAGAGGUGAAAAAUAUGCGUCAGUAUGAGCCUCUAGAUCCAAUCAAUUGCCUUGAGAGCCAUCUGAAAGUACUGGUGCUAACAAAUUACAAAGGUGGUGAGGAAGAUGUUGGAUUUGCAAAGUUCUUCGUUUUGAAUGCGGAAGUGGUGAAGGAAAUCAACUUUGUAGUGUGUAAGAAGAUUGAUAUACACAAGAAAUGGAUGACUGACCAACUCAGGCUGCUAGAAGUGGAAAAUAGAGCUUCUCAAGAUGCCCGAUUGAAAUUUGGAAGAAGUUCUAGUUGGUAUUACUCUGUGGAUACCCAGGACUUGUCAAUUGCCGACCCUUUCAGCAACUGUUGUUUUGUAGAUGGGGUAGAUGCUCUUUCAGAAGCAUAUCCAUGAUCUGUCAAUGCCCUAUCCCGUUGAUUGCUUUGUUUGCAGGUUUGGUUGAUACCUUAAGAUUGUGCUGUCUUAUGUCUGAAAGAAGAGUAUGGAUGCAACCUAGUUUGUUAUAAUUUCAGUCAGCAGUGCAUGCUUGUGUUAACAGUUUACUAGUUUCA